GUAUAUGAACUGCUAGUUCGGCAAAUUCUGCAGUUCUGCACUUGGACACUGUUUGGAGUGACAAAUGCGACCACCGCACUUUCUAUUGCAAGGAUUCCCUAUAAUCAGCAUUGAAGCGCCAGUUCAGACCCGAAGAAUACAUUGCUCCGACUGCUCAAGAGAUCCGAGUACAAAACAAGCCGCGCUAUACGCCCCAAAUCAUCUCGUUCACAUUAUGUGUGAAAACGCCUGUCGUGUGAAAGGUAGUCGUGGAUUACCUCCUGAAGCGAGUACUUCGAACUGGCGCACGCAAUACAAUUUACUGUCAUAGCACUACUUUUCUGUCGGCGUUCCACAGCCAGAAAUGUUGGAAUUGUGGAAAGUUUCUCUGAUACGCUGUUCUGCCUACACUUUUCAAUGCAGUGUCAGUGUGCGACAAUAGCUGCGCAACGUCACCGUUGCAAGUGCUUUGGAUCCUCCAUAAUGUGCUUUGUCCGCCAUUCCUGCGAAAUAAUUCCGCCAUGAAUCAGCGGCUCCUUACCCUCUUCUUUGUUGUCCCCGUCCACCGCUUCUGCUACCACAUCAGAUUCACACGACCUAACGCAUUCCUCUGCUCUCAUAAAUUCAUGGCGCAGACGCGUUUCGUUUUUCGCCAUGACGACAUCUGCAGCCCCGCCCCGUGCCCGGACUCGAAUGGAAGCGUCAGCAGAAGAAAAUAGAGCACAAGCUUCCACAGUACUCGAGUUGCAGAAUAUAUGGGUAUACGGGUCUAGUAGCGGAACUUCAACCAGCUGCAAAGCAUCUUGUGAUCACUGCGCCUGUUACAAUGACUCAGAGAAGAGGGAUAGCCAUACUUGCCCUCAGGUGGAACCCUCCUGCUGGCGCACCUUACCCGCGUAUCCAUCUUCCCCAUCGCGGGCCAGGACACAGCAGAAGCGCACAGGCUGUUCCCAGUUCGCCCCAGAGGGAGAUCGGACUCCCUUGUCGGACUGUGUCCAAAGAAGUGACAUUGAACAGGAACCUUCAGAGCCGCCUACGUUUCAUCAGGAAGCGUCUGCGUUUACAUGCGCCUCUUGGCCGCUCGAAUUUGUCCAGUACGCCGAUGUAGCGCCUCCGCCAGACACUCCUAGUCACAAUGCUAACACUUACACGAUCUCGAAACCACUGAAGAGCUUGAAGGUGCGUGCCAUCGGUGCGGUAUGUACGUUCUUCUAUCUGUCUGCGAUCGUUCUUUCUGUUUCAUUUCUUUAUGUCGAAGACACUUCUUGUCGCCAAGCUUUUGCCGACCAUAAGGCAUUCGAGUGUCUACUAUGGGUUGCUUUGCAUGUUUGUGCCAUCGUGUUCUACAUCUGGACAGGCAUCAACCCCGGUUACAUUCGUAAACCUGAAGAGUAUCCCGAAGUCCUGUCGCCGACUUUUCCACUUUCUGUACCCGCAGAGGGUAUUUCCAUUGAUCGUAGUUGCUUCAUUACCAGUCCCACAAGCGAUAGUGACGCAGCCGGUCACCGAAGCAAUGUGACUCGUCACAGCUGUCUAGAACUCUCUACCCAACACACGCUUUCUACCGAGGCAUACAGUGACGGGGAAGGCAAAACCAGGAGAGCGACCCCUAUUGUGCCCAAGUGUCAUGAGGUGGAGACAGUCACGUGUUCAGUUUAUCAGUGUGAAGAUGAAAGUCGGUGCUCUACGGCAUCCGAUGAUCGUGAAGGGAAACCUCCGGCGUUACAUGACUCCGCGAAUUCGCAGAGGCAGCCGAAGGCAGCGCACUGCGAAAGGGGGGUGUCAGGGGCGCGUGUCAAGAAUGGUGACGACCUCAUUGACUUCGGAAUUGAAGUGUCCGAAAGAACUACAGCUGCUGACGUUAAAACCCAUGACAGUCUUACCAUCAACUAUCAAGGCCUAUGUGCGAUUGACCGGCGAAAGUACACGUUUUGCGCCGAUUGUCGUAUACUCCAGCCGCUCCGUACAAGACACUGCAAGGAGUGCGACCACUGUGUUCUCACUUACGAUCACCACUGCGCCUUCCUGGGAUGCUGCGUUGGAGAGUUUAACCACUGGCGAUUUUACCUCUUCCUCCUUUCGCAGACAAUUGCCGUCACAUGGGAUUCGGCAGCGACAGGACUCCUGGCAUACCACACGUACUUGAUGCUGUCCAACCAGACAACCUGGGAACAUCUGCACCGGCGCCGCAUCGGUUACUUGAAGCAUUUGCCAAAGAAUGUCUUCCCCUUUAGCCAAGGUAUGGACCACCUGAGGGUCUGGAAUUUUGCGUGGAACCACGGGGACGAAAUUCCGUUCAAUGUCUUUGACAAUGACUACUACGACUGUGGUUGUUGA